AUGGCGUCCGCUUCUUUCCAGCAGAUGGAAGAUGCUCGCACGCCAGGGGAUGCUGUGGUUCCCCAGCGUGUGGCAUCCGCGCGUCACUUUCGCGCUUUGAUGCAGAAGAAUCUUCUGCUGAAGCGUCGGGAGUGGUCCGCGCAAUGCUGCCCUUGGUGUCCCUUUGCGGCUUGUUGCGAGCUGCUACUGCCUUUGGGGGUCUUGGCUUUGCUCUGGUGGGCCAAGUCUGAGUGUGCCAGUAACGGCCAAUGUCAACUGCCAGUCCUGGAGGGCUGGGGUGGCCAUAUGCCAAAGGACAAUCACAGUGUAAUUUGCGAAGAAGGCCUGCUUCUCCGAUCCGAUGGCAUCGGCUUUCAGCAACGAUCCUCCUGUGACACUUGGAGCCAGCACUUCGAGCAGCCUGUGCCCUUGGUCAGCAUCCUCGCUUAUCUCCACUGGACGGGCGAGCGCCUUGCGCUGGCGGCGGAGCACGCGUCGGACGUGCCGAAGCUCGAGAACAUGCGCCAGACGAUCACUGAAGAAUGGUUUGGUGACUUGAAGAUGCAGAACAUUCCCUGCAUCCCUCUGGAAAAAGAUCUCCUCCGCGGGCUGGAAAAGUUGAUGAAGCAGAAAACCGCAAAUUCAAGCUUGCCUUGUCUCAAACACAAGACGAACCCUGGGGUGCUCCCGGGUUUCGCCAACCUCACACAUCCUCGGAUAUUCACUGGUGCCGAGUUGGAGAAGUACUUGGACCAGGAGGAUUAUGGCUCUCCCAGCGCCCCACGCCUCUUCGGAGCUCUGCUCUUCAAUUCGGUCGGCGGGGAUGGCGGAAUGGGCGCCGCGGGCAAGUGGGACCCUAGGCUCAGAUCUGUUUUUUGUGCGAUCUUGCCGUGUCUAUGCUUUAUCAUGAUCAUCGUCUUGUUCGUCACCACUAAUUACCAUCACCAUCACAAAUCACCACCGUGA